CCUCCUGUUUCGCACAAAGCCAUCGUCUUCGUCAUCGAGCUCUCGCGAUACGGUCGCGAUUAGAGCAGCGUGGGAAGGGUGCCGUCGUGCAAAGACCACCGAAAGUCUAUAUUUUUCCUCCUCCCGUAUUUGAGAAAGGAUUUAGGUUAAUUCCUGCUUAAAUCCCGCUCAAAUCCUGCUAACAAACAGCCUCUUCGGGCUUAGUGUUUUUGGUACUCCGCAACCACCGCUCCAGGUAUUUUUUCUCAGUUCCAUAAUGUCGUCGGAAUCGGCAUCUGGCUCAAAUACAAGCCAGUCGGCCUCAUCACAGUAUUCUUUCCUCGGAAGCUCCUACUUCCCACUUCCAUUCCAUCUCCAGAACGCAGAUCCUACAGCUAAUCAGCCCUCAUACUUACCUCCCUCGACGGUUGCACCUCCGGUUAGGAUUCCACCUGUGCCUCCAGCGUUUCCUCCAUCCUUUGCCGGAUCUUCGAAUGGGUUGUAUUCUUUGCCUCAAUACCACCAGGCACAACAAUUGUUCCAACGUGACGCACAAACUAUCACACCAGAGGCCCUUGAAAGUGUGAAGGCUGCACUUGCAAGCAGUGAGAAUGAACAUAAAGCUGAAACUAAGAAGAAAUCUAUCCCACGUAAAGCAGCAGGACAGACUUGGGAAGAUCCAACAUUGGCAGAUUGGCCUGAGAAUGAUUUUCGAUUAUUUUGUGGAGAUCUUGGCAAUGAAGUUAAUGAUGACGUCCUUUCAAAAGCGUUUUCCAGGUUUCCAUCAUUUGUUAUGGCGAGGGUGGUGAGAGACAAAAGGACUGGAAAAACCAGGGGGUUUGGAUUUGUCAGUUUCACUAAUCCUUCAGACCUUGCAGCGGCUUUGAAAGAGAUGAAUGGUAAGUAUGUUGGUAACCGGCCUAUAAAGUUGCGAAAGAGCAAUUGGAAGGAGAGAACGGAUUUUGAGGCUCUGGAAAGGCAAAAGAACUACCCUCAGAAGAAGCCUAAACCAUUGAAGAAAAGUGUACUGCACAAGUGAUGCAAGAGGGCUUUCAGGGAUUUGAUUACUUUGGUAGCCAUCUGUAAGCUGCUGUUUGCUAUUAUUACUUUUAGCGCAGGCUAGUUUUUUUUAUAACUGUUGUUUCUAUAAUAGUACAACAGCCCAUUGUGAUAAAAUUAAGCUAAAUUAUUUUCUUACGGAAGUUGCAAAAUGUAGGAAUUACAUAGCAAUACUUGAAGGGAGGUACUUUAUAAAAAUGAAAGGAUAACUACUCCCAUUGU